UCCAAAAAGUAACACACCCUAAGAUUUGGCUCAAUAUCCUCAACUUUUGUAGCACCUUCUUUUGCCUAUAAAUAAGGUUUCAAGAUUCUCAUAAAGUACCUAGCUACAACCUCCCUUUCAUGCUACCUUCCUACCCUAUAUCGUAUCCCUAACAAUAGCUUAACUUACACACAUAAAUCAACACCUUAAAUUUAACCAACUUCUUCCAUUUCUCAUUUUCACUCAAACUUUCAACAAAAUUCACAUGCACGUCCACAUGAAAGCUGAGUUAAAUGGAACAUCCAUUUCCUUUCAAAACCCUACAACAAUUUUCAACGCACACCAAACCACACCUCUUCCUCAACCAGAAGCACUUAAAGGUUGUCUUGGAAGCCUAGAUGGAGCAUGUAUUGAAAAACUACUUCUCCAUUGUGCAAGUGCUUUAGAAAGCAAUGACACAACCUUAGCUCAACAAGUUAUGUGGGUCCUCAACAAUGUUGCAUCACCAUUAGGUGACACAAACCAAAGACUCACAUCAUGGUUCCUAAGAGCAUUAAUAUCUAGAGCUUCAAAAAUUUGUCCUACAUCAAUGAAUUUCAAAGGAAGUACUAACAACAACAUCAUUCAAAGAAGGUUGAUGUCGGCGACCGAACUAGCCGGGUAUGUUGAUUUAAUUCCUUGGCAUAGAUUUGGUUUUUGUGCUUCCAACAAUGAAAUUUUCAAAUCAAUCAAGGGAUUCAAAAGGGUACAUAUUUUAGAUUUUAGCAUAACACCUUGUAUGCAAUGGCCAACUUUUAUUGAUUCUUUGGCAAAAAGACAAGAAGGCCCUCCUUCACUUAGAAUAACAGUUCCAUCUUUUAGACCAAUGGUUCCUCCUUUGGUUAAUAUAUCAAUACAUGAAGUUGGUCAACGUUUAGGUAAUUUUGCAAAAUUUAAGGAUGUCCCUUUUGAAUUUAAUGUUAUUGGAGAUACAAUUUCAUUGACAAAUGAAGAAUUGAGUAAUAUUGAAUCAACAAGUUUUCAUUUUGAAACAAUGUUGAGUCUCUUGAAUCCUAGUGUGUUAAAUCUUAGGGAAGAUGAAGCUUUGAUUAUAAAUUGUCAAAAUUGGCUACGUUAUCUGUCUGAUGAUAGAAAGACUCAAAAUAUUUCGAUUCGAGAUGCUUUUAUGAAUCUAGUGAAAGGACUUAAUCCUAGGAUUGUACUUUUGGUUGAUGAGGAUUGUGAUCUUAGUGCAUCUAGUUUAACAUCAAGAAUUACUGCUUGUUUUAACCAUUUAUGGAUACCCUUUGAUGCAUUGGACACUUUUUUGCCUAAAGAUAGUUGUCAAAGGACAGAGUUUGAAUCUGACAUAGGACAGAAAAUUGAGAACAUUAUAAGCUUUGAAGGGAAUCAAAGAAUUGAGAGGUUGGAGACAGGGAUGCAAAUGUCUCAAAGAAUGAAAAAUGUUGGUUACUUUAGUGUUCCAUUUUGUGAUGAAACUGUUGUGGAAGUUAAGGAAUUGCUUGAUGAACAUGCUAGUGGAUGGGGAAUGAAAAGGGAAGAAAACAUGUUGGUUCUUACAUGGAAAGGAAAUAGCUGUGUGUUUGCCACGGCUUGGGUCCCUUAUGAAAUUAGGGAUUGCAUCGUUACAGAUCCAAGUAUCUCUUAAAUUAUAGAUUUUGAUUCGCUGUAGUCAUGCAAUCAAUUAAUUUGAAUUGUUUGAUUUAGAAGACUCAUUUUGUAAUUUUAGUAAAUCAAAUUUAAAGAAAAAAAUGAAAUUCGAGUCAUUUAAUAAAGUCGAACAAUUCAAACUCGUGAUUUUUACAAUUCUACUAUGGUAGAAAAUUUGGAUUGAGCUAUUGCUUCAAUCAAUGGUCCACAAGGAGCUACAGAGGGAAUUUCAUCACUUUAUGGGAAUUAAAACGGCACUGCAUUUUCAUAAUUAUUUCUGGAUGGCAAUUGUGUAAUGAAGCUCUACAAAUUGAUGGAUCAUUACAUGAAAGGCAAAUAGGGAAAAACAUGUGUAAAUGGUCCUUUUGUAUGACACAAAGUUGUCUCUUAGUAAUAUUUUCCACUUUUAUGCAGCUUUAAUUUAUUUAUGCUCAGAACUUUGGCUAUAUAUAAGAGGUUGUACGAAA